UUAAUAGAUUCUCAUGUACGUUUUUCAUUUGGUAAUUUUUAUUAGUUUUUGCUUUUCCAAAGAAAAUCAAAAUCGCAGCCGGAGAGAGGCGGAGUCAGAGAGGGAACGCCUGAAAGAGACGGCGGGGGGGUCUUAGGGUUUCUCCAUCUUCUUCUCAGAUCCUCUGCCCCUCUUCCAAGUUCGCUGCAAUUCCAAAGCUUGAUCUUGCGACAGCGAAGGAGAUCGCUUCGGUGCGAGGAAGAGGAAGCGGAAGAGGGAGAGGAAACGAUUCCAGAACGAACCACGAGUUCGAGCUUCCUAGCAUUUUCGAUCCCGCGGAUCCGGAUCAGAACGCUCCCCUUCUCCUGAACCGAAAGGAUCCAACUCAGGAUAGAAGAUCUCGCAUGACAUGGCUGCCUCUGCGAAAACUCUUGCCCUUGGAAAUUGCUCCUUAAACGGAGAAUGGACUGUUGUUGAACGUCGGCGUGGCAAAGAAAGAAGAUAUGUCCCGAGGAUCAAACUGCCAGAAGUAAGAGAAGCAUGGACUCCAGCAGAUGCCAACGUAGAUACUGAAAGAGUAUCCAAAUUGUUGCAGAUGCUGGAGACAUGUAUAAAGAGGAUGGAAAACUCUCAGUUCUACCAGUGUUUUGUGGAACAAAUUGAAAAUUCAGAAACUUUUAAUUGCUUUCACCGGGUUUUGGGCUCUGAAUCGGAGAUGCAGGUGGUUGUUUAUGGUAUCGGCAGCAUUGACUCAUAUGAAACCCCAAGGCUGCAGCUGAGCCUCUUAUUAUUGAUGAAGAGAAAGUUCAGUUGGAUAGGAGGCAUAGAAGUUUUUGAUCCCAUACUUUCUGCGACGGAAUCUCGAGUGCUACAAGCUCUCGGUUGCUCUGUCCUCUCGGUUAAUGAGCAAGGUCGUCGCUGUGCUCUAAAGCCCACGCUUUUUUACAUGCCUCACUGUGAGGCCGAGUUAUAUGACAAUCUUCUGCAUGCCAAUCAGGAGGCAGCCACGCUGAAGAAUGUAGUACUGUUUGGAAAUAGCUUUGAAACGUAUGAGGAGUACGCAUCUGCGAUUAGAAAUUCUUCCAUAGUCCAUUCUGCAGGGCAUAUAUUGGCUCUUAGGAAAUUCACAAGUGAGUACAAAAUCCAGAUUGUGUCCGAUGAUUCUUUUAAAGCCUUCCACGAUUCAAGUUGGCAUUUUUUCCACCAAUGUGCGUGACGCAUAGGUGCUAUUUGUGUAAACCCGAUCAAUAUUGUUGAUCAGCAUUGUGAAAAACUAUGUGCUGGUAGAAACAGAGUGGCUUUGGCAUUAAGUUAUUGUGGGAAUUCAUCUGCGUAUGAAAUGGACUUCAACGAUUUAUCCCAAAAA